AUGGACAGGAAGAAGAAAGAUGGUGAUGAUGAGGAUGACGAUGACGAUGCCAACGACCCCGAAGCCAAAUGCAUCCACGAUAUAUAUGCCUACACAUAUCGAAACUCCGAUCAGCAACAUCAACAGCAGCAACAACAGCAACAAAUACUUAUGCAACAACAUCAACAAGAUGAUGAGAAAGUUGAAAUGUGCUGCCAGCAGGAUGGCAACCCUGGAUGUUGUGUUGCUGUUGAAAAGUUAGACUCCAGUGGGCAACCUACUGCUACUACUGUUUUGCAAGAACUGCAACCGCAAUCAGAUGACCUUCAACAUCAACAACAACAACAGCAACAUCAACAACAACAUUAUCUUAAACCAGAUCUCAAACUUGUCAUUCCAUGUCGUAGUAGUAGUGACGCACACGAAUGCCUCUCCAGAACUCGUUACCGAUGUCAAAGUCUCGAGUCUCCAUCAAUCCCUGAUUCGUCGUGCGGAGAUUCACUUUUAAAAUAUAAACAGCAGCCCUCUUUGGAUACUAUUUCUCAAGCAACAUUCAAGCCAGCAGCAACUUCCAAUGCCACUCCAACAUUAACUAUAACAUCAGCAACAUUAGCAGCAAGUCAACCAACAGCAGCAAUGGCAGCAGCAGUCCUGGCAGCAGACUCAACAGUGGCAGCAGCAACAACAACAACAUCAUCAGUAGCACCUCUGAUUUCUAUAGACGCAACUGACCCAACAACAACAACUGCAACAACUCAACAAUUUCUAGCAACAACAACAAUAUCACUAUCAACACCGGCGCAACAACUGCUAUCAUCAUCGGCAACAUCAGCAGGAGCUGCUGCAGCAACGACGAUACUAUCUCGAUCGCCGACUUCAUCGAAGCGCAAGUUCACAGUUAUCAAAGCCAACCUACCGUCGAUAUUCAGCAAACCAAAUCCACCUCCCCAGCCCUCGGUUCUCUACACCGCGCCCAUCACUAUUUCCGGCCCUAAACAAGAUGGCGGCAAGUCCGGAAACGAGGGUAAAGAUGUCGGUAGUGACCACGAUGAUGGCGGAACGAGAGAGGCGAAAGUUGUAAUUAUAAAUUAUAAAAACUCUCCUGACGAUAAUAACAAUAAUAAUAAUAAUAAUAAUAAUAACAAUAUACGUAGUGGUGGUAGUAAUGAUGCUAAUUUAGGAUCAUCAUCUUUAUCGCUGCCAUCAUCAUCGUCGUCAUCAUCGUCUUCGCCAUCACCCAUUGUACCUACUAUGGAAUCAGUUACAAUAUCAUCAUCGCCGUCAUUAUCAUCUUCGUAA